AACGUCAUCAGCUUCACGACACUUUAAUCAGCGUAGUGUUCUAGUCACUAGCAAACAAGAGAGUGCUUUGGUGUCUCACUCCUACCUCAAAAUAAUUCCUCAUCCUCAUCCUCAUCUCUCGCAUCCCUCUGCCGGUAGCGCGAGCCACACAGCGCAACCAUGGCCAGCGACGAUCAGCGGGGGCUCCAUUAUGAACAAACGUUGAUGUAUGGUCGCUACACACAGGAGUUGGGGGCGUAUGCUAAAGAAGAGGCAGCUCGCCUGAGGGAGGAGGAGGUGCGGAGGCGCUCGGUCACAGAACGCUCACGCUCCCUGGAACUCCUGGAGUACGACAGGGGCCGCUGUGCCAAGUGUCGCAUCUGUACGGUGCGCUGUCAGAAGUUCCUCAUCUCUCGUGUUGGUGAAGACUGGAUCUUCCUCAUCCUCCUGGGUCUACUGAUGGCUCUGGUCAGCUGGGUGGUCGACUUCGCUAUUGCCAUCUGUCUACAAGCACAGAAGUGGAUGUACGGAGGCCUGGAGAGUAAUGUGUUUCUCCAGUACCUGGCCUGGGUCACCUACCCUGUGGUGCUCAUCACCUUCUCAGCUGGCUUCACACAGAUACUGGCCCCACAGGCCGUAGGUUCAGGUAUCCCAGAGAUGAAGACCAUUCUGAGGGGUGUAGUGCUGAAAGAAUACCUCACCUUUAAAACCUUUGUGGCCAAAGUCAUCGGUCUCACCUGUGCCCUGGGCAGUGGCAUGCCUCUGGGCAAGGAGGGUCCGUUUGUUCACAUUGCCAGUCUGUGUGCUGCACUCCUCAGCAAAUUCAUGUCUCUGUUUGGUGGAAUCUACGAGAAUGAGUCGAGGAACAUUGAGAUGUUGGCAGCUGCCUGUGCUGUGGGGGUGGGCUGCUGUUUCGCUGCACCUAUAGGAGGUGUGCUGUUCAGUAUUGAGGUAACGUCUACGUUCUUUGCGGUGAGGAAUUACUGGAGAGGGUUCUUCGCUGCCACCUUUAGUGCCUUCAUCUUCAGAGUCCUGGCCGUGUGGAAUAGAGACGAGGAGACCAUCACAGCUCUGUUUAAAACCCGUUUCCGUCUGGACUUCCCCUUUGACCUCCAGGAGCUCCCAGCCUUCGCUGUCAUUGGUAUUGCUAGUGGUUUUGGCGCAUUGUUUGUCUACCUGAACAGAUUGAUAGUCCAGUUCAUCAGGAAACAGAAGACCAUCAACAAGUUCCUCAUGAAGAAGCGUCUGCUGUACCCAGCCCUGGUCACUCUGCUGGUGUCUACGCUAACCUUUCCCCCCGGCUUCGGACAGUUCAUGGCAGGCAAGCUGACCCAGAAGGAGUCCCUGGUGACGUUGCUAGACAACCGGACAUGGGCCAAGCAGGGCAUAGCUGAGGGGUUUGACUACAUCGGUAACUCCCAGGCCUGGAAUCACCYCCAGGUCAACGUCUUUGUCACCCUCGUCCUCUUCAUCGUCAUGAAGUUCUGGAUGUCUGCUCUGGCUACCACCAUCCCUGUGCCCUGUGGAGCCUUCAUGCCUGUCUUCGUCAUUGGGGCAGCUUUUGGCCGUCUGGUCGGGGAGAGCAUGGCCGCCUGGUUCCCUGAUGGCAUCCACUCUGAUGGCACCAUCUACCCCAUAGUGCCAGGAGGGUACGCCGUCGUGGGUGCGGCGGCCCUGUCUGGAGCGGUGACCCACACGGUAUCGACGGCGGUCAUUGUGUUUGAGCUGACGGGUCAGAUCAGCCACAUCCUGCCGGUGAUGAUAGCGGUGAUACUGGCCAAUGCCGUGGCCCAGUCCCUCCAGCCCUCGCUAUAUGACUCCAUCAUCAGGAUCAAGAAACUACCUUACCUCCCUGAGCUGGGCUGGGGACACCACGAGAAGUAUAAUAUUCGUGUGGAGGACAUCAUGAUCAGGGAUGUGAUGUACAUCACCCUCAACUGCUGCUACAGAGACCUGCAUGAUGUACUGCUGGCCGGACACCUCAAGACCCUAGCCCUGCUCGAGUCCAGUGAGUCGAUGAUCCUGCUGGGUUCUAUUGAGCGUGCCCAGCUCCAGGCCCUCCUGUCCCUACAGCUGGGCCGGCCACGGAGGCUAGAGUACCUGAGAGACCGGGCUACUGCUGAAAUGAAGCGCCUGUCGAUGGUCUCCCACCCGGGCAGCGAGGACGGCUCCCAGAGGGUUAACCAGGAGGUCCGGUUCCAGAUCUCCACAGAGGAGUCUUCCUUCAGUUCCACCCCUACCCCCUCCAUGAAGCCACUGAAGCCGGCCCUGAAGAGACCCUCUGUGGUGGACCGCCCUCCUGAUAUACACAUGCCCACAAGUCCACAGGACCACUCUGGCAACACCUUAAAGAAUCUCUUCUGUGUCAACCCUGAGACAGAAGGCCUGGAGGAUGACUUCGAUGUGGAUGAUGACAUGACCAUCAGAGAGAUUGCAGAGUGGGAGGAGAACCAGCUUGACGAGCAGGUGAACUUUGACAACUGCAAGAUCGACCCCGCCCCCUUCCAACUGGUGGAGCGCACCUCACUACAUAAGACCCACACCAUCUUCUCUCUGCUGGGGUUGGACCAUGCCUACGUCACCAGCAUUGGACGACUCAUCGGAGUGGUGUCCCUCAAAGAGCUGCGGAAGGCCAUCGAGGGCUCUGUGGCGGUGAAGGGGGUGAAGGUGCGCCCCCCUCUGUCCAGUUUCCGGGACAGCGGCACCAGUGGCACCAGCAGCAGCAAUAGCGAGAACGAAGCCACAGAGCUCCACAAGCUGUGGGACCGCCACAAGUCCAUGUCCCUCCCCCGGGAGCACCUGGCCUCCGACUCUGAUGAGAAGUCCCAGUGAGGGGGAUGGGGACAGGGAGAUGGGGACAUAUUUUUGGGAGAGGUAUAUUGGAUGGGGAUUGGGACAGGUAAAUGUAGACAGGUAUAUUGCCGAGGAGGGGGGAGGAGUAGGAUGAGCGUUGACCCCCCCCCCCCCACUUAGAAACCACAACCGAUGCUGCAACCUCAUAGCUUGGAUCAAUAUUUAAUUCUGGAAUAUAGAGUUCUCGCUUCCUCUCCUUGCCUUCCUUUCCAUCCCUCUCUCCUUUACCCCUCCUCCCGGUGGGCCUUUGGGCCCUGCACUUACUCAACUCAAGGGAUUGACUCACCACAGACUGGACCCUGCUCUCCACUAGGUUUGGGGGGGCCCACAACAGAAUAGAUCUGUGUGUUAGGGAGGGGAGAGGAGUUAAGGUGUCACUGCUUAACAAAGUUUGUCAGAACAAAAUGUAUAGAAUGUGGUUUGACUGUAAAAGGGAUUGCAUUUUCUUUUUUUGCCAACUUUGGUAUUGGUGAGGAAAUGUUCAAAGUUUGUUUGCAUUUUGUGGACCUGUAAACGUUUCUUUCUGACCAGUCUUCCAUAUGCAGACGGUUCAACAGUGAUAAGAAGAUAGGCUUGUGUACCGGUAUGGAUGUGAGUGUAUGUAUUGAGUGCAUGGACGUAUUGGUUUGUAUGUAUUUACACGAAGAAGGUAGCGAAACCAACCACCUGCUUUAAUUCCUUUGUGAUUUGAAUCUUCUUAUCAGACACAUUUCAGUCUUAACAUUCCAGCUGUGUUCUAGUUUGUUCCCAUCUGUUUUAGUGACCUAGAACUGGAAAUAAGUAGCCUAGUGGUUAGAGCGUUGGGCCAGUAACCGAAAGGUCGCUGGUUCGAAUACCUGAGGCAACAGGGUGAAAAGUCUAUCUUUGAGCAACACUUAACCCUAAUUUGCUCCAGGUGUGGCUGACCCGGUAAAACAACAACAACACAUUUCCCUGCAACUAUCUGUGACAAUAAAAUGUAAAAAAAAAAAAAAAUUUUAAAUCACCUUACCUCUGUAGAGAGAACCACAUACUGUUCUGGUCUCACAUUGGGAGAUGUCUUCACCACUCUCUCUCUGUCCUCUCCCUCUACCCCUAUUCUUUUCUGUGUUACAUUAGUGCUUGAGUCUGGGUGAGA